UGCAUGGCUUUAGUCUAGAGACACGUCACUGGCACCCAACUUGCGAAUCGUUUUAAUAAUAUAUAAAGUAGCAGUAUAAACAAACAACCAACAAAAUUUAUGUAUGUUAGAGACCCAUAAUGGUUUACAUUGACCGUAAUGGUCGCGUCUGGGAGAAGCGACCUUGGGACUUGCAGCGAGUUGUCCAAAUAUUCGUCGGCCUCUGGCACCUAAUAUUGCAAUUCUUCCAAACGCUAUUUGCGCCCUUUAGCAAUGGAAAUAAUAACCGCGGUAACUCUCGCCAUUGGUCUGGUUGGAGUGGUGGCGGUGGAGGAGGAGGAGGCGGUGGUGGUGGUGGUGGUGGUGGUGGUGGAGGAGGAGGAGGCAGUGACGGCCUAAGGCCGAAUCGACGCAUUGGACGUAUACAACAGCAUUCAGAUGUAAAUGGCGGAUCAUGUUCCAUGGGAGGUGGAUGAGGAUAGCAGCGGCGUCCUUGAGCAUAAAUUUGCUCGUUCGCCGCUGAACUACAGCGUUGGCGUAAAGCAAGAAUUAACCGCUCCAUAUUUGCAUAGGAUCUCGCAGCAUAUUUUUGCGCAUAUGACGCAAUAUUCAUAAACUCUUUAAUUCGAGUGGGAUAUUGCCGAGACGGUCUGUGUGAAUUGGGGUUCUUGUUUCUUUCGGCAACGUUUUAAAUUAGUUUAAUUGAAUCUUUAAUGCUUGUAAAUCAGCAUGAUUUCAGAUAACAUGGAAUUACGGGGCUUAAAACUAUACUCAAAUAUUAAAAUUGUUAGCAAUAAAAUACUAAAAAAAAAUCGAAAA